UCUUCCCCUGCCCGCCUGGCCUCCCCCCGCUUGACGUGCGCCGUUUUGGUGCAAUGCGAAUUAUCCGCCGGCUGCAGGCGGGAGGGCGGCCCGGCCUCCCCCGCCCAUCGCCAUAACAACCCGCACGCCCAUGUGCCCGGCCCCGGCCCGCAGCCCCGCGCGGGAAGCGGAGGAAGAGGAAGCGGCAGCAGCCGGCGCCAUGGCCCGCGAGACCGGCGAGGACAGCUCGUCCUGGAAGAAGCCGGCCGAGGACAUCAAGAAGAUCUUCGAGUUCAAGGAGACGCUGGGGACGGGUGCAUUUUCUGAAGUCGUUUUGGCGGAAGAGAGAGCAAGUGGAAAACUAUUUGCAGUCAAGUGCAUUCCCAAGAAAGCACUGAAGGGGAAGGAAAGCAGCAUAGAGAACGAAAUUGCAGUCUUGAGAAAAAUCAAGCAUGAAAAUAUUGUUGCUUUGGAAGAUAUAUAUGAGAGUCCAAACCACUUAUAUCUCGUUAUGCAACUUGUGUCCGGGGGUGAGCUUUUUGACCGGAUAGUAGAAAAAGGAUUUUACACGGAGAAAGAUGCUAGCACUCUGAUACGGCAGGUCCUGGAUGCUGUAUACUAUCUGCACAGAAUGGGCAUCGUGCACAGAGAUCUCAAGCCGGAGAAUCUGCUUUACUACAGCCAGGAUGAAGAAUCCAAAAUCAUGAUCAGUGACUUUGGAUUGUCCAAGAUGGAGGGUAAAGGAGAUGUCAUGUCUACAGCAUGUGGCACCCCAGGAUAUGUUGCUCCUGAAGUCUUGGCCCAGAAGCCCUACAGUAAAGCAGUGGACUGUUGGUCCAUCGGGGUCAUUGCUUACAUUCUGCUCUGUGGAUAUCCUCCCUUCUAUGAUGAAAAUGACUCCAAGCUUUUUGAGCAGAUUCUCAAGGCUGAAUAUGAAUUUGACUCUCCAUAUUGGGAUGACAUCUCUGAGUCUGCUAAAGACUUUAUACGAAACUUGAUGGAAAAAGACCCUAAUAAAAGAUACACCUGUGAGCAGGCUGCCCGGCACCCAUGGAUUGCUGGUGACACCGCCCUCAGUAAAAAUAUCCAUGAGUCAGUCAGUGCUCAGAUCCGAAAGAACUUCGCAAAGAGCAAAUGGAGACAAGCGUUCAACGCCACAGCAGUCGUGAGACACAUGAGAAGGUUACAUCUUGGCAGUAGCCUGGACAGUUCAAACGCAGGUGUGUCAAACACCCUCAGCCUGACCAACCCGCGAUCCGACGGAACAGCCAGGAAAGAUUGUAUGUCCCCAUCCACUCUCUGUAGUUUUGUUUCAUCUGCUUCUUCAGGCAUUUCUGCAGUAGGAGGAGAACGGAGACCCAGACCGACCACAGUAACAACAGUGCACACAGGCAGCAAGUGACCAGCGUAGGAGCGUAGAGACAGAAGCGGCAUGUGGGCAGGCAUAUCUACUCCGAGCGAUCUCAUCUUGCAUUGUGCACUCAACGAAGGACUAGAAGAAAGAAGAUUUUUUUAUGGCCAUAUUUUAUACUGCAAUUCUGAAAUGUUUCAUUUAUCACAAACUGCAAUGACUCCGUGGGGGGAUGGAUCUUUACAGUCUCUGGUGCUGUAUAUAUGAGUCUAGCAAUGUUAAACCUAAUGGACACUCAUUCUUUUCUCCAGUGAUUUACUCUCUUCUUAGUGUAGGUAACAGUAUCUGUUGUAUUUUUUUUAACUAAAAAGUCUCAACUGGAUAAUUUAAAUAGGGAGGAUUUUUGAGCAUUAGAUUUUUUUUCUUUUAACCAGUACUUCCAGUCACAUCCCUCCUUCCCAUAUGUUGAGGGAUAGGUAAUUUGUGUAGGUAAAAAAGUAUAUUAACCUUAUCAAGCGGGGGGGUUUCCAAGGCAUGCCAUUUCUAAUACUAGGACUGGGUUGCAAAUUGUCUAGGUUUGGCAGCACUGUUAUUUCUUACACACAACCAAACUGCUUUCCCUCCCCUUCUUCUUACAGUAAGGACAGCCACCUUGCAGUGAGUUCAGUGGGGAGAAUUCCUCCUGUUUUGGCCCACUCCAUGCCUGCUCUUAGCCCACAGCAAUCAGAAGCUGAACUGUGGUACUUUAGCCUCACUUGACUGAGGGGCAAUUUGGCCUGAUUUAUUUUCACUUACUGUGAAGUAAGAGCUGGCUCCUGGAUAGUAACUACAAAGCAGUUGAUGUAUUAUAUGCCCCCGCUCCCUUUUAACUCACUGUAAUUUGUUCAUGUCUGUGGAGACCAUGCUGAGGGUUAGUGGCAACCAACUGGAAAACAGCUCCUCAAUGGCCUGAUUCAGCAUGUAGUGCUGUGAACCUGCAGCAUCCAUAGACUUCAACAGGAGAGGCAGGUACACGGUGCCAUUCAGGAA